AUGCGGUUCAAAACAUCCAUUCGGAAUAUCCAGACCUUUUCAAGUAAUACCUCCAUACAAGCUUCCAUCAUUCACAAUCUAACAAAAUCUCCAGGGUUAACAACGUCCUUGUCUUCCCUUGGCAAGGUCGCCUGGGUCCGACUCGACGAUGAUUCCGCACGCUUCACCAUCAUUCCCGAGACAGGAACCCAAGUCUGGGCGCUAAGAAAUCAAAGCUCUAUAUCCAUCGACUCCAUCUUCGAAGACUACACCAUCCAAUCCGCCGCCCCCAACAAUAUAAUCAACCUCGAGCUACCCCUACCACCCCUAAGCCGCGCCCUCAAAUCAGCCCUCAAUGCAUCAUCCGCCUCUAUCCGCCUCACCAAAAAGGACGGAGCCCCCGUACUCUCCCUUACAAUCAUCACCAACACCAUCAGCAGCGGCAACAGCGCCAACGGGUUCCUGAAUAACAGUGGAAGUGGAAGUGGAAAUCAAGAUCCAUUCGGCGAUAAUGUGUUUCGGGAAGAGAAUUUGGAUGGAGGGAGGGAUAGAGAAGCGGUCGUGACGCAGGAUAUACCGGUACGGGUCUUGCAAGCAGACAGCGUAGAAGGGAUCCACGAGCCUAAAGUCCGGGAACCAGAUGCGUAUAUUGUACUUCCAUCGCUCAUACAACUCAAAGCGAUUUCCGAUCGAUUCACAAGACUAACCGCCACAUCCACAUCCAACUCUACAUCCAAAGCAUCACCAAAGCUAGAACUAGCGGCGAAUAUGCACGGUGGGUUGAAAUUGAGGGUUGAGACCGAUGCGUUGAAUAUCGAGAGCGUGUGGACCGGCUUGACGAAUCCGGAUUUAGAUCCGGGGCAGGUGGAAGGGGGGCUGGAGGAGUUGCCCAGUGCGAGGCUCAAGGCUAGGGGCCCGGAUGCGUGGGCUAGAGUUAGGAUUGAUGGGCGGGAUUGGGGGAAGGUUCUUAGUGUGGGACGGAUGGAUGGGAGGGUUAUUGCUUGUUUUGCGGAUGAGAAUGCGUUGAUUCUCUACGUCUAUUUGAGCAAUUAUGAUGAUGGCGAAGAGCAUUCUGUGUUGACUUAUUACAUCUCUUCUUUCAGUGUUUAA